CUUUGAGUGCCGGUGGAGACGGACAACAUGGAUGAUAAGGCUGAACACUCCUGUUGAGUUCUUUGUGAGAAUGUAUUGUCCCAAACCCAAACAAGCCAACAUCUUUUACAAAUGAGUCGCUGCCCGGCUACAGGACGUGUGUCCUAUCAGUGAGGCCACAUGUGUAUCUGGAGAGAUGGAUCGUUGUAAGCACGUGGGGCGCCUUCGUUUGGGCCACGACCAUUCCAUCCUCAAUCCACAGAAAUGGCACUGUGUGGACUGCAGCACCACAGAUUCAGUGUGGGCCUGCCUCAAGUGCUCCCACGUGGCCUGUGGACGUUUCAUGGAGGAGCACUCGCUGAAACACUUUCAGGAGUCACACCACCCACUGGCGAUGGAGGUGCACGAGCUGGAUGUCUUCUGCUUUGCCUGUGGAGACUAUGUACUCAAUGACAAUGCAGAGGGAGACCUCAAACUCCUCAGAGGGGCACUCUCUACUGUUAGGAGCCCAGGUAGACGCUCGCUGCGCUCCUCGACUGGGGGGGAGUGCACCCCCUGGUUUGGGGAAGGAGGACCACAGCCAGCCAUGCAGCUGGCCUUGCGUCACAGGAGGAAAACCCUCCUUGGGAAGAUGUUUCAGAGGUGGAUGGACAAACAUGAGGAGCUGCAGGAUCAGCGGAAAGAGAAACUUGAGGAAGCUAGACGACAAAAGAAAGAGGUAAAAAGGAGACUCAUGGAAGAGCUUGGCAAUGUCCCCCCCAGAAAGAGUGCGAGGCUUCUUACUCAGGCGCCACGUUCAACCAUCACACUCAUUCCUCGCAAAUUUCGCGACCCUCCAGAACGCCUACCUCCUCCUUCCAAGAAGCCUUCCCUACUAACCUUGUCCCGUAAGGCUCCUCAGAAUGGCAGAGCUGCUAAACUGAGGCGAUACUACUCCAGUCACACGGUAACACGCCGGAGACUCGCUCCAGGUGUCACUGGUCUCCGCAAUUUGGGGAACACAUGCUACAUGAACUCUAUAUUGCAAGUGCUGAGCCACCUGCAGAAAUUCAGGGAGUGUUUUCUCACUUUGGACCUGUGUGAGACUGAGGAGCUGCUGGCCAAGACCAAUCACUCCCAAGGAGUGAAGGGGGUGGCAGGAGGUGUAGUCAGCAGUGGUAACACAGCACUGUCAGGAUGCCCUCUCGGACGCAUGGGGAAGGCAGGCAGUUGGAAUUUACCUGUGGGCAAAAAAGAAAGUACCCCACCUUCCUCGCAGGCUGCCGAGCUGGUCCAGCCCAAGGAGCCUCGCUGCUCCACCCGCCAGCAGAUGUCUCUGUGCCAUGAGUUGCAUACACUUUUCAGGGUCAUGUGGUCAGGCCGGUGGUCUUUGGUAUCUCCCUUUGCCAUGCUGCACUCUGUGUGGAACCUCAUCCCAGCUUUCCGUGGUUAUGACCAGCAGGAUGCCCAGGAGUUCCUGUGUGAGCUGCUGGACAAGGUGCAGCAGGAGCUGGACACAGAGGGGUCCAAACGCAGGAUAGUUAUCCCCAUCACAAAGAGGAAACUGUCCAAGCAAGUGCUAAAGGUUCUGAACACCAUCUUUCAUGGGCAGCUACUCAGCCAGGUGACCUGUUUGUCCUGUAAGCACAAGUCUAACACAGUGGAGCCAUUCUGGGAUUUGUCUUUGGAGUUUCCAGAGCGAUACCACAGCAUAGACAAAGGCUCUGGCUCCACAGCUUACCAGCGCAGCUGCACCCUCACUGAGAUGCUGUCCAAGUUUACAGAGAUGGAGGCUCUUGAAGGCAGCAUCUACGCCUGCAACCACUGCAACAAAAAAAGACGGAAAACAUCCCACAAGCCCUUAGUUCUGUCAGAGGCAUGUAAGCAGCUUCUGAUCUACCGUUUACCUCAGGUUCUACGGCUGCACCUCAAACGCUUCAGGUGGUCGGGGAGGAACCAUAGGGAGAAGAUCGGCGUCCAUGUGGCCUUUGACCAGGUUCUGAACAUCAAACCCUACUGCUGCACAGGCUCAGGUCACUCUGUCCACAGAGGAGGCUACACCUACGAUCUGUCUGCUGUUGUUAUGCAUCAUGGUAAAGGCUUUGGCUCAGGGCACUACACCGCAUACUGCUACAAUACAGAAGGAGGUUUCUGGGUCCACUGUAAUGACUCUGAGAUGAAGGUUUGCAGUGUGGAGGAAGUGUGCAACACUCAGGCCUAUAUUCUCUUCUAUACCCAGAGGUCUAACUAGGUACCUCUCGCUGUGAUGUCGACCUGUGCAUGGAAACUUAGGGCUGCAUUUAUGAAAAUGUUCUCUGAUGUUUUCCCAGAUGUCAUUAAACAAUCACUUUGAAAUGAUUUACUAAAAAAAGAUGGCAAUGAGGGCAGUAGGACAACCACAAUCAUGAGCCAAGGUGUAACAAAAAAAAAUUUAGCAGCUUAAUCCAAAUGAGAAAGAUGAAAAUUAUGGCAUAGAUAGUCAUUUUUCCAGGAUAAAUUGAAAGAAUUGGUGAAUUUGAAAUCAUUUUUUGUGGAUUUGAUUUUAGGUUAAAAACAAAUGGCAAACCUUUUCAUAAAUGAGGCCACAGGUUUCUCAGCCUGUGGAACCAGUAUAUUGGUUUAUGGCCUGAAGGCUGUGGCAGUAGGUCCGACCCUGUCCUGCUGAACACCAAGUUGUGUGUCCAUGUUUUUUAAAAACAAUCAGGCUAGUGUGUGUUGAGUCUGGAAACAACCAGGCGCUCUCCUGAGACAGCAUUUUACAUUGAAGGGCAACACGGACUCUGGAGUUUGGAGCAUUUUACUCUCAGAGAUGAUCUCAAUCUUAAUGUGUGUUUUAAAGCUAACACUUGAUCCCAAUAGGGGUGUAACGGUACACAAAAUUCACAGUUAAGUUUGAACCUCAGUUUUGGGGUCACGGUUCGGUUCAAUUUCAGCACAGCAGGGGAAAAGCGAAAUGUAGUAAAUUCGUUCAUCCGACAACGGCUCAUUGGGCCAAACUACCACUGAAACUGUUUCUGAUUCCUGCAGGGAGUCAGGAUACCUGCUGACAGCUGAAUAUGCUGAUUUAUGGUCAAACUGUAUAUAAAGUAGUUGAAACUAGCUCCAAGUCCAGCAGCUACAACAGUAACAUGCUGCUCUAACACUGAUGCUUCAGUAUUAUUAGUAAUAAUCUAAUGAUGUCAUAUAUAAUAAUAUAUCAGAGGGACCAAACCACUACUUUCUUUGCAGUACUUUUUAAAUAAACUUUUCUUGAUCACAUGCCGUCAGACCAUGUCAUAAAUCAAAUGUUUUACAUAUAUAUAUAAAUAUGUCUUAUUUCAGCGUCACUCAAAG